UUGAAAAGAAAAUGCUAAUCAUUAAGAUGCUGAGGCAUGCGGUGGGUCAGAAGGUACAGAGCCCAGCUUAUGGCUGUUGGGCGUCUAUCUUGCCAGUCCGGUUUCUGAGUGUCUCCCCUCGGCAAGUACCAACAGAUGCCAACUUUCACUCAGCCUCUUUCUCUGAAACGAAUCAUCCACGAGUUUUAAUUACAGGGGGUCUCGGCCAGCUGGGAGUAGGGCUUGCUAACCUUCUGAGGAAACGGUUUGGGAAGGACAAUGUGAUUUUGUCUGACAUAAGAAAACCCCCUGAUCAUGUCUUCCAUAGUGGCCCAUUUAUUUAUUCUGAUAUCUUGGAUUAUAAGAGUCUUCGUGAGAUCGUGGUCAACAACCGCAUCACCUGGCUGUUUCAUUACAGUGCUUUGCUCAGUGCUGUCGGAGAAGCAAACGUGUCCUUAGCGAGAGCUGUGAACAUAACAGGAUUGCAUAAUAUUCUGGACGUUGCAGCAGAACACAACCUGAGGUUGUUUGUGCCCAGUACGAUCGGGGCUUUUGGACCUACCUCUCCUCGGAAUCCAACCCCUGAUCUCUGUAUUCAGAGACCCAGGACCAUCUAUGGGGUGUCCAAGGUCCACGCGGAGCUCAUGGGAGAAUAUUAUUAUUACCGAUAUGGGUUGGAUUUCCGGUGCCUGAGAUAUCCUGGAAUCAUUUCAGCUGACUCCCAGCCUGGAGGAGGAACAACUGACUAUGCAGUCCAGAUUUUCCAUGAUGCUACAAAGACUGGCAAAUUUGAGUGCAACCUGGGGGCUGGCACGAGGCUCCCCAUGAUGUACAUUGACGACUGCCUCAGGGCCACCCUGGAGGUCAUGGAGGCCCCAGCCGAGGCCCUCUCCAUGCGGACCUACAAUGUAAACGCCAUGAGCUUCACGCCCCAGGAGCUGGCCCAGGAGCUUCUCAAGCACAUGCCGGAAUUCCAGAUCACCUACAAUGUGGAUGCUGUUCGACAGGCCAUAGCGGACAGCUGGCCGAUGAACUUUGAUGACAGCAAUGCUCGGAAGGACUGGGGGUGGAAACAUGAUUUUGAUCUUCCAGAGCUGGUGACUACCAUGUUGAACUUCCACGGUUCUGACACCAGGAUCGCCCAGGCCAACUGAAAGAAUCCAAAGGAAGAAAUCCUAAGUCCUGGAUCACCAACAGGGAGCCAUCAAGCCCCCGAGGUUAUAGAUUGUAAGGAAAUGAUGUUAUCUGGAGUUGAACUGAUGGGACUAAACUUUGGCAGCUCGUGUUGAACUGCUUGGUGGGGAGUGGAGUUAGCUUUCAGCAGGUUUAAAAUGUCAGUCUGGUGGUAGAACUUUUCACCCUGCUGUUUGCCUAGACGUCCUGACACACAUACCAUGAGUGAAGACUUGAGUCAGAGUAGUUUCUAUAUAUUUCCUUAAUUAAGAUGAAAGGACCAUUCCUGGGAAGGUGGAAGUUUGUGACAUUUGUAUUUAAUUCAAUUCAACUUAAAUUUAAAUAAUACUGCAAUACUGCAAAGGCCCCAGGACUCUCGUGACUAGAGAGCAAAGAUUACAUUUUAAAGACUUUCAAAGAUGUUCUUCAAGUUUAAAAGCAUUCUUUACAAUCCCACCACAACAUAAAAAAUGAUUGGCAUAUUCUCAUAUUUACCAUAUUCGAGAGAUUUUAACAUUGAUUCAGAAAUCUUCUAGCUUAUUUUUCUGUAAGAAUAUGUAUCUGUAGGAAGUUGGGAGUAUCCAAGUUGAUACACCUAGUAAAGAGGCCUCUUUGAUUGCCCUCCUGAGAUUGAUUCAGUGGGAGACGGGAACCUCGGGAUGCCACUGGUUCCCCCGUCCCCUUAUAGGGCACAUGCUAAAAUCCCUCCUCCAUCCUCAGGAUUUUAAGUGCAUGCACAUGCCCC